UCCGAGCUUACCCAGUUUACUCUUGGAAGGAUCCCAGAGCUCUGAUCAGAGCCCAUCAGGCCUUUAGAACCAAGAAUUUUGGGAAACAGGGCUGAAGUCGCCUCUUUCUCUCCCUUUAAGCCGUGAGCAUCUCACACCAUGGCAGUUCCUGAGACCCGUCCCAACCACACUAUUUAUAUCAACAAUCUCAAUGAGAAGAUCAAGAAGGAUGAGCUCAAGAAGUCCCUGUAUGCCAUCUUCUCCCAGUUUGGCCAGAUCCUGGAUAUUCUGGUGUCUCGGAGCCUGAAGAUGAGGGGCCAGGCCUUUGUCAUCUUCAAGGAGGUCAGCAGCGCCACUAAUGCCCUGCGUUCCAUGCAGGGGUUCCCCUUCUACGACAAGCCCAUGCGCAUCCAGUAUGCCAAGACUGACUCGGACAUAAUUGCCAAGAUGAAGGGCACCUUUGUGGAGAGGGACCGCAAACGAGAGAAGAGGAAGCCCAAAAGUCAGGAGACACCAGCUGCCAAAAAGGCUGUUCAGGGUGGGGCAGCUGCCCCUGUGGUGGGCGCUGUUCAGCCUGUACCGGGUAUGCCGCCCAUGACUCAGGCUCCCCGCAUCAUGCACCACAUGCCAGGCCAGCCUCCUUACAUGCCACCACCUGGCAUGAUCCCACCACCGGGCCUUGCUCCUGGCCAGAUCCCUCCUGGGGCCAUGCCCCCGCAGCAGCUCAUGCCUGGACAGAUGCCGCCUGCCCAGCCUCUCUCCGAGAAUCCACCCAAUCACAUCCUGUUCCUCACCAACCUGCCUGAGGAGACCAAUGAGCUCAUGCUGUCCAUGCUUUUCAACCAGUUCCCUGGCUUCAAGGAGGUGCGUCUGGUCCCCGGGCGGCACGACAUUGCCUUUGUGGAGUUUGACAACGAAGUGCAGGCUGGGGCAGCAUGAGAUGCCCUGCAAGGCUUUAAGAUCACGCAGAACAGUGCCAUGAAGAUCUCUUUUGCCAAGAAGUAGCGCCUU